UAAAAUUGGAAAGCCAGAAAAAAAUCGUCAUCUGAGAUUCUGAGUUAUGUCUACAACUCUACCGUCGACGGCAUGGCACUCAAUGAAGUUUCAGCGGCAGGCUCUGCUUCCUCAGCGGCGGCGUCCGCUAGUAGUCCAAGCCUUCAGGCGGAGCGAUUUUGACGCCUUCGCUCGCAGUGUGGCGUCCGGCGAGGCCUUGAAGAACGCUUGGCGGACGGCCAACGAUGUCUUCGAGCAAUUUGUCUUCGAAGCUAGAAAGACCGCCGAACGGUUAGAUCGCCAGUACUCCGUUUCCCGCCGUGUCUUCUCCGUCGUUCGAUCCGCCACUGACCGUGCUCGUGAGUUAGACCGGGAGCUGGAGAUUGGAACCCGUUGGCGGACGUUUACUAUGGAUUUUAGUAGAAAUUGGCCUAGGUACAGGAAGCAGCUGAAUGAUUUCUUGGAAACUCCAUUAGGAAGAAGUUUUUCUAUAAUUUUCUUCCUUUGGUUUGCAUUAUCUGGUUGGCUGUUUCGAUUCUUAAUAUUUUCCAUUUGGAUACUGCCAUUUGCUGGGCCUCUUCUCAUUGGGACUAUCACCAAUAAUCUUGUUAUUAAGGGUGCUUGUCCAUCUUGUAAGAAACAGUUUGUCGGUUAUAAAAGUCAAAUUAUACGCUGCACAAGCUGCGGAAACAUUGUAUGGCAACCAGAAGGAGACUUAUUUCGCGGAGAUAGCGGGCGCCCCGGUCCAAGAAAGUCUGAGCCUGAAAUUAUCGAUGUCGAAUUUGAGGAGAAAUGACAAGGCGGUUUCGGAAAUAUACAGGUAUGAUUCUCGCCUUGUACAAAGGUCCUAUGAGACUGAAAGCCCCCCUUUUCUGCCAUUACAGUUUAUAUAGUGGUUCUCACUUUAUCUUUUCUUUUUUCACAGAAAAUGUUUAUUUCUAGGAUUUAGCAUUUAGCUUGAACUUUGAUGUCUAAUAACAUUGAGGUUAUCAAAUUUCGGUUUGCAUCAA